UUGACAGCACUUCCUGGUGUGGCGUGUUUGUUGUGGGAAAUAGACGCGGCGGUGGUGCUGCUGUGCUGUGCUGUGCUGAGCCGUGCUGAGCCGAGCCGAGCCGAGCCGAGCCAAGCCGGGCCACAUAGACUGCGGGAAGGACAGGCACGGACUGCGGCGCGACCCCGUCUACCCACCUCCAAGCAUGCGGCCGCGGCGGCUCUCCACCGGCGUCCGAUGAGGCUGGAGACGCGACGGCUGAGCCCGAGGACGGACGAGGGGGAAAUUAUCCUCAGAGCAGAGCAGAGCAGAGCCGAGCCGAGCCGAGCCACCCGCGAUGGUGUAGCCAAAAAAAAAUAAAAAAUGAAUAAAGCCAUGGACAGCAGAAUAAAGGAGAAUCCAGAGAGAACGUUUGAUCUGGUUGUGCAGGUGUCAUGUCCCACGUCUGAGAAUGAGGAUCCAACCGUGCUGUGGAGCUUCCCCCAGGACCACACAGACCAGGAGGUCCUUCAGACGAUACCAAAGUUCUGCUUUCCCUUUGACGUGGAAAGGGUUUCCCAGAGUCAGGUGGGGCAGAAUUUCACCUUUGUGUUGACGGACAUCGACAGCAAACAGAGGUUUGGUUUCUGUCGACUCACCCAAGGCUGCCGGGUCUGCAUAUGUCUGCUCAGUUACCUACCAUGGUUUGAAAUCUACUACAAGCUGCUAAACACCCUGGCAGACUACCUAGUAAAACAACAGGAGAACGACUUGAAUGACAUGCUGAAUUCUCUCUAUGAUCUGCCUGUGCCAAAGCCCUUCACGCCAGUCAACCUGAGUGUGAAUGAGCAGUUGUAUAUUGCCACUGGGCAAGUGCUGAGAGAUCGGCGAAGCAAGGAGCCGCACUCCUACUUCAUCGCCCCGGAUAUCAAUGGACUGCCAACUAUCCCUGAGAGUAGGAACCUGACAGAGUACUUUGUGGCCGUGGACAUCAACAACAUGCUCCAGCUCUACGCCAGCAUGCUGCACGAGCGGCGCAUCAUCAUUACCUCAAGCAAGCUUAGCACUUUAACCGCAUGUGUCCACGGUGCGGCUGCUUUGCUCUUUCCCAUGUACUGGCAGCACAUCUUCAUCCCCGUGCUGCCCCCGCAUCUCCUGGACUACUGCUGUGCCCCCAUGCCAUACUUUGUGGGAGUUCAUCUCAGUCUGCUGGAGAGGGUUCGCAGUCGAUCGCUGGAGGACGUGGUCAUUCUCAACGUGGACACAAACACCCUGGAGAGUCCCUUUGAUGACCUGCACAACCUUCCCAGUGACGUGGUGUCCUCUCUGAAGAGCAAGCUGAAGAAGCAGUCGACGGCGACAGGAUGUGGCGUGGCGAGGGCCUUCAUGAGAGCGCAGGCCGCUCUGUUUGGAUCCUACCGAGACGCCCUCAGAUAUAAACCUGGGGAGCCGAUCACGUUCUGUGAGGAGAGCUUCGUGAACCAUCGCUCGAGCACCAUGAAGAGCUUCCUGUCCAUGGCUGUCAACCUGCAGCUCUUCAAACAGUUCAUCGACGGACGGCUGGCCAAAUUGAACGCAGGCCGCGGCUUCACCGACGUGUUUGAAGAAGAGAUCACAGAGGGGGGUUUCUGUGGAAGUAAUUCAAGGUCUUACCAGCAAUGGAUGCACACUGUAAAGAGAGGUGGAGAACUCUUCAACAUAGCCGUGAUAAAGGCCAAGGUUCACGCUAAGAGGGGCAUUCGGGACAUUAAGGGCAGGCUUAAAGCGAGGGAGGAAGAGGAAGAGGGGAUGCCGGUGUGUGCAGGGUCUCCCACCAGCACCAAGAGCUUGUCUCCAAGGAGACUGAAGAAGAUGAGGCUGCAAAACUUUAACAAGUCUCCCAUGAGCAUGGACCCUCGAGAAUUUGGCUACGGGCUCGACGAUGAUGAGCUGGACACUGCGAGCAAGAUCUCCUCAGAGGACAGCGGGGACGUCCCUUCUUACACCGAGGACAGCGACGAUUCCUACUCCCUAGAACUGGACGUGGAGUCGUCCCGCUCGGGUCAGAUGAACCUGCUGGAGGAAAUCCUGGAUUCCCUGAACACCACAACGUUGGAGCAAGGAAAACUCAGCGCUGCCAAGAGUCUGGACUUCUUCAGGUCCAUGGAUGACUUGGACUACAAGGCCCCGACGAAGCCCACGUCUUCCGCUGAGUCCGACCCUGCAGAUGAGAUGAGAGGCGGGGAUCAGAGCGGGUGGAACAUGGGUCAGGACGACAGCGCCGUGCACGGAAAACACCUCCCGCCGUCCCCGCGCAGGCAGCCCAACAAGUGCAGCGUGAAGGCGUCGAAGAAAUCCGCAGCGGCCCCGAAAGUGCAGAGAGCUUCGUCCUCCACUCAGGACACCUCCAGGUCGGCCUCCAAGACGCACCAAGACGCUCUGGCCGUGCGGCAACCGGGAGACCGGCUGUCCUUCUCGCCCUCGCUGUCCCACAGAGCCACGACGCCAUCAUCUCCGUCCCUCACGCACACCUACAGUUCCCCGGCGCCCACUUCUCACCCGAACCAUUCCCCCGUGCCGGUUAGCCGGCCGCGGACCAUCUCAGACCCUCAGGGCAGCUCCGAGUCGUCUCAGGCCCAGAACCAGACCGCCUUGACCGGCGUCCUGAGGAGGAAGGUGCUGUCCAAAGAGACGGUGAAGAGCUACCAGGAAAAGGCUCUCCAGAGACACGGCAGCAAGGGUCACCAGGACGGUCAGGGGGGCGCGGCGAGGGGCGCCCCGUCGGCCAUGGCGGUCCCGUGGGAGAAAGAGGUGUCCAAGGAGGGGCUCCUGGAGCUCGGCCUCUGCCUGGGUCAGGGUAAAGGCUCGGGGGCGGCUGCGGCGCAGGAUCAAGGCCUCCUGGAGGAGAUUGAGUCCAUGUGUUGCCUCGGCUCGGUCCUCCAAACCAGCCUGCAGCUCUCACAAGUUCACUGCAACAACAGUCACCACCAGGUCGAGGGCAAAGCCGCAGACGAGUCCUGAGGGACGCCGGGGGACUCCGCGUCAGCUCCAACUCUCCCAUUAACGGUCGCAGAGCACAUUCGACGGUUUCUUUUUAUCUCAACACUCACAUAACGAGGAGAAAAAAAUUAAGAACAAAUCGAACACAAACAAAAAAGCCACAGAGCAGGGAACAGAAAUAAAAGAAAAAAAAGAGUUGAUGCACUGCAGAAUUCUCCUUCCAUCAUCCAUCACAUUAUUAUUUAUAGUGAGUGAAGAAAUGUUUUGUUAAAUGUUCUUUGAAUUUGCAUUACUGUAGAAUUAAAUUUAAAUUUAGAAAACUGGAAAGACACUGGUUUGCAUUGGAAACAAGUUCCUUUUUUUUUACUUUCAGUGAAAGAUAAAUGCUUUUUUCCUUCAUUUUCUACAAGUAAACUAGAUAAACUUUAUCACAAGCUCAGAGGCCACGGGUUCCUCUUUUCAUUUUCAUUUCUUUUGUUAUUCCAGAAGGAGAAUUCUGCAGUGUGUUUUCAACUCUGUGAAGUAUUUUCCUUAUAGUGUCAGUUCAUCUUCGUGUAUAUUUUUUUUUAAUCGGACAAAUGAGAAGCCAACGGGCAACGAAGCAGGAGUCGAGAAAAGACUGUGUCAGGAUCAAGAAGGGACGUCAUCUCCUCAGCAAAGUUUUCACAGUUCAUCUGUAACAUUUCACACGAUGACUUUGCACUCCUGGAUGAACCAGUAAUACUCAGUUACUGUUGUUAUUAUUAUUAUUAUUACCUGGUACUAAAAUCUUAUGAGCAAAAAAGAAAAAAAAACAAACAAGAAACAUCAGACAGGUCCACUCUGACCUUUGAAACUAAUCCUAAUCGUAAUGUUUUUCUCACUAAGCCUUACACGGACGUGUGAUUUGUGUUUUGAUACUCUCUGGUGUCUUAAUCUGCAGAUGCCACAGCAGGUACUUUGUAAUCCGACUCACUGAUACGGUCAGAUCUCACUUAACAGCAGUAACUACUUCUGCCGUUGAUAGGACGGUUAACAUAUACGACGUGCUUUAAGCUGCUGUUUUAAUUGCAUUCCAGAUGUGCACGUGCAAACCUCUCCGUCUCCUAGUGUUCCUCCGGUCACUUUAAAGAGACGCAAAAGUUAAAAAAAAAAAAAAACUGAAAAAGCCAGUUUCGGCCUCAUCUCUUUUUCUUUCUCUUUUCCCACCAUCCACGCUCUUCUCCUCACGAUGUCUCACGGAAUUCUCUUCCUUUUACUGCUCUCCAACUCUCACUUUCGACCUUAAUAGCAACAACAACAAGAAAAAAGAAGAAAAACACAACAAUCAGGGCCAGUUGGUGCGGAGCUUAUGAUGUUUUUUGGCGUGGAGGUGGAAAAAGGUGAACUUUAAAGGAUGUGGCUGGCAGUGAGACCAAACCUAACGAUGCUUUGUUCCCGUUAAUCCGACUCUCUCUGUUAAAAUGGGACUUAAAUAUCUCAGUAGACGCCGCAUUAUUUUCUGCUGUGUACUUGGAUGACGUCUUGGUAUUUUUUUCUCAGGAUUCGUUAAGAAAACCCUGAAGCAUCACAUAACUCUUUAUUUUCUCUUUAUUUUCUGUCUCACACGAUUAACUGUAAUCUCUGUCCGUCGAGUCCCACACUGUGACGUCAUGCAGUGGUUGAUGAUUGUACUGUAACGAAGCAAUAUAGUUCUCCUCAGAGUAGCUAAGUGGAUGUAAUGUGCACACAAAAAAAAUUCUAUAACAGACUCUCCCGUGGAGAGAAACGUCCAGAGAUCGCGGCUUCCCAUCAUUCUCUGCGUCACCACCAAAAAAAAAAAAAAAAACAAGAAACCCAGAGGAAAGGGGAGAACGUUUUCAUGUGCUUGUGUUGGGAUUAUUACAUUUAUGGUUCGUUGUUCGUAUGAUUUACGCCAGACGCCAGUCGGUGUGGCAGUUUAAUAGCAGCCAUUUCUCCACUUUUUGAGUGCUGCUCUGCGUUAACGAUUUGCUCAUAAAGUCUUUGGCAUGCGCCUAAAAGCCCAAGAAUCGGUCCUAGUAAUUCCAAAAAAGAAAACAGGCUCCAGAACAAUCUCUGCGCUGGCCUGAGUCAUUGUAAACACUUUAAGAAGAAAAAAAAAACAUAUGUACUAUGCAAAUGUUUAAAAUUCUCAAUACAGGUCAGUUUUCUUAAAGAGUAAUUAAAUUACAUUUCAUGAGUUUUCUCAGUGAAAAGAUUAUUUUGUAAUGGAAGAAGAAGCCGUGUCCUAAAUGAUCAAAGAUGUGUGUUAAAGAUGUACAGCGUGCCUUAAAGAGUAAGAGUACCACCCAGUAUAAUCACAACAAGGUACAGUAUUAUGGAAAAGGAAGAGUAUGCAAUGUGUUGUCAGACCGCUGCACAUCACAGGAAGAAGGAACACUGAAUAUAUUUGGUAUUUAUGUGCUGAACAGAAAUCAAAGCCGCGCUCGGACCCGAGACCUGAUCUGAACUCGGGUGCUUCGUCUGUGAAGCUGUUUUCUUCUCGUGUUUCGGCUGCUGUUUCCAGCUGGAAGUCACUCAGAGUUUUUUCUUUGCUGCGCUGGUCGGUGGGUAAUCUUCCUGCUCUGGAGUGGAUCUCUGAAUUAAUUAUUAGCUAUUUAGGUACUUUUUGUUUUUUUGUUUCUUUGAUUGUACGGUUAGGUGAUUGCUUGUGUAGUUACUUUUCUUUCUUUUCUUUUUUUUUUAAUUUUAAACACUUACUCUGAGCUAAGUGUAUGUAGAAAAAAAUAACUUCUCAGAGGAUUUUCUCUAGUUGAUUUCAUAUUAAUAACAAAUUAUUUUCGACUGAAUAGACGUGUAUUUUUGCUGGCUUGAGUAUAUUUUACAUGGAUAAUAUAUGAUCGGUGUUGUACGUUGUAAAAAGAACAAAAAAAAGAAAUGAUAACACCUAAAUAUUUGAAUGUUUUAGAUUUUAUUUUUGGAGGGAGAAACAAAAGAAGUGAAUAUUAUAAUAUUAACAAAUGUCCCAUGUAGCCUUUCAUUUGUCAACGUCCAAUCAAAAAGCAGCAGACUCUGCUUUGCUUGUACAGCUCUGACUGUCGUAUCCGCAUGUGUGUACCUGUUUGUGCUAUGAUUUAGUUUUGUUUUUACAGAUGUUGGGUAUUAAUAUUGUUUCAGUAUUUAGCACUUCCAUCUAACUCGGUGGAGAUUAACAUCAGGUCUCGUUCGAUGAGCGAGUUAAACGUCUAGAGAAAUGGUUCCUAGCUACUGUAGAUCUAAGCACGGAGGACAGUCGGGAGAAAUACUUGAGGAUUAUUUGAAAAGCUUUAGAAACUCUGGUCCCUAUUUACACUAACGGUGUACAGCAAAUUAUUGUCAGCGGGCUUCAGGAAUGUCUGCAGGCCUGUUACAGCUCAGACUAUUCUGCAGACGACAGAGUGUCGUCUGCAAAGAAAAGCAUACAGUCAGAAUAACUGCUGAAAUGAAAAUGUCACAGCGAGUGGGAGGUGACUAAUUAUGUAGCAACUUGUACUAGAGUACGGAGCAAAAGCACAAAAGCACCGGUUCAACCCCCCUCCCUCCCAAAAAAUGAAAAUAAAUAAAUAAAUGAAUAAAUCUCCAUUUUCAGUGUGGUGACAGGUACACCGGGUGUUACAGUGAGCAUUCUUUAUUGUUCGGGUAUUGUAACGAUGAUUAAUGCAUCUACUAACGUUUCUGAUACUGUGCUCACUUGCAUGUUCUCAUAACAGAGGAAACAACUGUCUUAAACGCCUGAGGUCAACCUGAUGUGCUAUUGAUGAGUAACUCGGUACAACUGCACACGAUGUAUGCACUGUGAACUGAAAAUAAAUUAUACUGUUUCAUG